ACAAAGUGUUACAGUGCCGUACUUGUUUAAUGGUGCAAAUGUGAAACGACACACAUAUUAACUAUUGAAAUUCUACAAAUCGGGUAGACUGUUAAAGCGAUUAGUUUAAUUUGUCAAAGCUUGACAUUUGCAUUACGGAAGUAUUGCUGUGUUUCUGGUCAUACUAAUAACUCGAAAAAAAAAAUUCCAACACACCUAUUGCUACAAUGCGUACGCCUUUACAUUCAAGAUUUUUCGUAAUUGCCAUACAAUCAGCUGUAUUCGUAGGUCAUCUCCAAAGUGCUUCGAUUAACGGGGAAGAUGUCAGCUCCCGACUUAAACGUGGCGGAACCGCUCCGGUCUUCAAUCCUCCGGUUUAUUAUUUCCAAACACCAAACUGCACUUUUACGGCACCCUUUGGAAAGGUCUCCGCUGCGAGUCCGACAACCGGAACACGGGGAUUGGUAUACUACACAGACAGUCCGUACGUUAACGUCGAUUCUCAGUCGGGAUACAUCUCGCCGCUGUACGACAUGAACUACAGUAAUUUCGUAAUCGUGGUGACGGCACAGAAUGCCUAUGGAACAGCCAGUGCGCCAGUGAGCAUUCGGUCCACCUGCCCCAACUUUUGGAAUCCCACCACCACACCGUCGCAACCCUAUAUCAACACCUCUCCGUAUAAUGGACUGGGUCCAUAUCAGUAUGGAUACAAUACCGGAAGUUCGGUGUUGGUGUACAAUUCGGCCAGUAAUUCGAACAAUAUCAAUGGAAUGACCAGUGUCAGUGGUCCACUGUGUACCGGAAGUUAUACAUGUGUAAACGGACAGUGUUCGUAUUCGAUGGGAUCAAAUAACGCGCUAUGCAGUGGAAUAGGAAACAGCAAUACUAAUGUCGUGAACAGCAACAGUAUGUACUCCAACGUUGGAGCACAACCAGCUAUGGGAACAAUAGGACGGCAGUAUUUUAAUUACGCAUAUGGCAUGCGCAGCAAUGAACGCUAUUAAUUCAAUUCUUUUGUGUGUAUUGCGCAUUUGACGUUUUGUUCUUGUCAAAAACAACAUUUCCUUAAUUAAAACAGAAUACUUUAGAAACCGUAAUUACAAUCGAUAAGGAAAUACAUUGUACAUGGGUAUAGCGGCUAUGAUUUUCAUUGUACGUAUCUACUACAUUACUACUUAGUAAUUCGCAUCCAUAGGCGGUCAUACCUAAAUGUUCUCAGCAGGUAUUCUGCAUUUAAUCUAGUUUACAGUAACUGUAAUCUGAUAACAAAGUAUUAUUAUUGCCUUGAAAAGAUUUUAAUAAAGGAAGCCGGC